AUGUGGCGAAGGCACCGCCGUGCCUUUCACGAACAUUUUCACGCGAACACCGUCCAUAAAUAUCUACCAAUCCAGGUGAAAGAAACUCAAGCCUUACUCCGUCGGCUUCUCACGACACCGCAAAACUUCAUGCAUCACAUCCGACAGACUUUUGCAUCAACCAUUAUGAGUGUCACUUAUGGCCUACCAGUCUUGGAAUCUGACGACCCCUAUAUCACUUUGGCUGAGGAGGCGCUGCAAAGCGCUGCCGAGGCUGGCAUUCAGGGGACUUUCUGGGUGGAUCUGCUCCCAUUCUUGCAAUAUGUGCCAAGCUGGUUUCCUGGAGCUGGCUUCAAGCGGAAAGCUGCUCACUAUGCCGCCAUACAUGCCGAAGUGGCCAAUCAACCCUUUAAAAUUGUACAAACGAAAAUGGCGGAGGGAACGGCGAUACCUUGCGUUCUGACGUCUUUGUUGGAGGAUUUUCCCGGAAACGAAGAACUAGGCCGAGCGGAGGAAGAGAUUAUCUCUCGAAAUACCGCUGCGAUAGCAUACCUUGCUGGAGCCGAUACUACCGUUUCAACCGCUCAAACUUUUUUUUUGGCCAUGGCGAUGUAUCCGGAAGUCUUGCGAAAGGCACAGGCGGAAAUCGAUGCAGUCGUCGGAAUAAAUCGCCUUCCAGACUUUAACGACCGCCCAUAUCUGCCAUACGUAAACGCAAUAAUCAAGGAAACGAUGCGUUGGAAAUUGGUUCUUCCCCUCGGUUUUGCACACAUGGCUACUGAGGAUGAUGAGUAUGAUGGAUACUUUAUUCCAAAAGGUACUGCCGUCAUCGGAGCUGCAUGCUACGUUUUUCGCAUACUUUUGCACGAUCCUGAAGUAUUCGAGGCCCCCGAAGAGUUCAGGCCGGAGCGCUACCUUAAAGAUGGUCAAAUAGACCCAGGCGUUAGGGAUCCAGUAGUCGCGGCCUUCGGAUUUGGCAGGAGGAUGUGUCCUGGCAGGUACUUGAGCGACAAUUCUCUAUAUUCUAUCGUCUCGUCUGUCUUGGCGGUAUACAAUGUCAAUGCGCCAGUGGAUGAACUCGGAAAACCUAAACGACUUGAGGCGAAUUACACAAGCGGGUUUCUGUCAUAUCCCCUACCUUUCAACUGCACAAUCGAGCCUCGCUCCAAAGCUGCUGAAUUUCUGAUUCGAGGCCUCAAUGAUUGA